AACGAAGAGCCAUCUCGCUCAACUGUGGCGACGCUUUGUUUCCUAAAGCUGAUUCAUGCGUGCUAGUUUCUAGCGAGCCUUGCGCUAACAAGUGGUAAUUAACCAUGGCGUGCAGGUUGGAAGGCAAGGUGGCCAUCAUCACUGGCGCCGCCGGUGGGAUCGGCGAGGCCACCGCAAGGAUCUUCACCUCCCACGGCGCCCUCGUCGUCAUCGCCGACAUCAAGGACGAGCUGGGCGCCCGCGUCGUCGCCUCCAUCGGCCCCGAAAAGUGCCAGUACAAGCGCUGCGACGUGCGCAACGAGAAGGAAGUAGAGGAGCUCGUGGACUUCACCAUCAAGGCCUACGGCCGGCUCGACAUCAUGUUCAGCAACGCCGGCAUGUCGGAGAAGGCAACCAGCACCAUUCUGGAUAUGGACUUCGACGUGCUCGAUAAUGUCAUGGCCGUGAACUUCCGCGGCGUAGCUGCGACGAUCAAGCAUGCAGCGAGGGCGAUGGUGGCCAGUGGGGCACGAGGAUCGAUCAUAUGCACGGCGAGUAUCGCGGUGACGAAGGGCGGAUUCGGGCCGGCGGCGUACACGGCGUCGAAGCUUGCGGUGGUCGGGCUUGUGCGGUCGGCCGCAGCGGAGCUUGGAAGGCACGGAAUACGGGCGAACUGCAUUUCGCCGGGCGGCGUGGCGACGCCGCUGACAAUGGAGUAUUUUGGGCUGACUCAGAGUCAAGUAGAGGAGCGUGCCGAGACCGGGAUGGUAUUGAAGGGAGGAGGGACGUUGAAGGCAAGUGAUAUCGGGGAGGCUGCACUCUUCCUGGCGUCCGAUGAGUCGGCGUUUGUCACCGGACAAAACCUGAUAGUUGAUGGGGGAAGGACUGUUGGUGCGACCCCUGCAGCUCCAGCGGCCCAGGUGAAAUGAAAUGAUGCACUUUGAUGGUUGUGGGCAAAGUGUAAUGAAGACAUGGCAUGUCUUAUUGCAAUAAUCACACAGUGAAAGCCAAGGCAUGUGUUGCUUUGGAUUGAGUUUGCUAGUAUUGUAAAUGGAACUCUGGUUAGUUUGCAGAGUAUAUAGUUGGAUUUCUGAUGCAAUCUUAUUUGGAAUAGAAAAAUUAUAAAUUAUAUACCC